GAGACUUUUCAGAGAGAGGAGAGAAAGAGUCUAGAGAGAGAAAGAGUAAGAGGAGAGUAGUCAAAUAUGACGGGUCGCUUCAGUCAAUCGUUGAUAAACCCCUUGUUCUCUCUCUCUCUCUGUCUCUCUCUCUCUCUCACUGCUUCUUUGGUCGUCAAGCGAUUCUGUUGGGGAGUUCUGAAUAAUCUCUGUGUUGGUUUGAUCACAGAGUUUGAAUUUCCUGAAGAUUUCUUGACUGCCUUUCUAAAUUCCAUUCACUAGCUUGGUGUAGAGAAAUGGCUCAACGCCCACAAGUACCGAAGUUUGGCAACUGGGAAAAUGAAAGUGAUGUUCCAUACACACUCUACUUUGACAAGGCACGGAAGGGUAAAAAGGGUGAUAAAAUGAUAAACCCAAACGAUCCUGCAGAGAAUCCUAAUUUGUUUCCGAACAUGGCAAGUCAAGCUCAACCUGAAGCUCCUCCGUCCAGGACCAGAACCAAACCAGAUGAACCAAUAGGAAGGGGAACAGCAAGGCCAGUGCACGAGCGUCGGGUAAGCAGAGAAGAUGGUGACUUUAAACAGUUCACUGAAUCUCCGGUUCAUAAUGACAAUAUGGGAAGGAGAGCUGAUGGCGAGUCAGCACAUCGACGUCAGGGAGGCCGUGGGACCGCUUCUGGUCGACCUGUAAGACAAAGUGUUGGGUGGGAGCACAGCAUUGAGAGGUCACCACUCCAUCCUCAUUCUCAAGAAAAGAUCAUGGGGAAAGGUAAUGCAUCUCCUGGUUGGGAAGGAAAGAACUUGUAUGAUAGCAGCCGUGGUGCUCCUGGAAGAUCCAGAAUGGGACAGGUUAAUCGAGGCGAUGAGACUCCUGAUAGAGGUGCUGCUGUGCCAAAAUUUGGCGAGUGGGACGAGAGCAACCCUUCAUCAGCUGAUGGUUAUACUGAUAUUUUCAACAAAGUGAGAGAGGAAAAGAACUCUGCUGCUGGAAAGGCUCCGAGUGUGACUAAUGGGUCAUCUUACACGAACACGCGGAAGCAAAACACCAAUGACGAUGUCAAGUGUUGGUGCUUUCCAUGGGGUAAAAAAUGAGGAGAUUGAAUUUCUGGAUAUCCUGUAAGGCGCGCAAGACCCGUGUAGGUCUGAAAGUAACACAUAUAUCCUAUGCAGAUUACCUUCUGAUGAAAUAUGCAUUUUCUUUGUUUCAGUGGUGGUUGUGUUUUUGUACUGUUACAAUGAGCUAGAGGUUUUGAUGGGAAAAUAUUUGUUAUUUUUAGAAAAUUUUAUAUUUUUGGAUCAUAAGUUCCCAUUCAUAGGUUUAUUAUUUUGUAUUCUUUUGCGAAGGGACAGCCGUGUAAGUUUUGUGACAUCAAGUGUAUCACACCUCUUGUUUACAUAUAAUUUCAUUUUC